AAAUGUUAUUGUUGUACACAACCGUACGCCACAACCUCAUCCAUCCCGCCAUGAACAACAUACUCUCAUCUCCUUCUUCAUCUUCUUCAAUCUCCCCCCUUCAAAACCCUAAUUUUCAAAUCUCUCUCCACCAUUAUUACUUCAACCUCAAAUCUCACUCUCCAAACAUCCUCCCUUUCACUUUCCACAGAUCCUUUCAACCUCUCCACCACUGCAAUUUUCACUUCAAUGUUCGGUGCAGUUACAAGCUACCGAGAUCGAAUCUGCCAGUAGGCGAGUCUCCGGUGGUUUCGGAUACGGAAGAAGAUGACGAAGAAGACGAUGAGGAAGCAGCGGCAGAGUACGAAGUGGAUGCGGAGUUUAGUGAGGCGAUUGAGGCGGAUAGUGACGAUGAGGUUGAGGCUGAGAGUGAUGAGAAUGUUGUUGUUGUAGAACAAUCUAGGUUUGAGGAGUUUAAGUGGCAGAGGAUUGAGAGGAUUCGGAAUGAUGUGAGAGAGUAUGGUGAUGGAAUUUUGGAUGUUGAUGAGCUUUCUUCGGUUUAUAACUUCAGGAUUGAUAAGUUUCAGCGGUUAGCAAUUCAAGCUUUUCUGAGAGGUUCUUCAGUUGUAGUUUCGGCACCCACAAGUGCGGGUAAAACUCUGAUUGCUGAAGCUGCAGCUGUUGCUACAGUAGCUAGAGGGAAAAGAUUGUUCUAUACUACUCCUCUCAAGGCACUAUCUAAUCAGAAAUUCCGCGAGUUUUGUGAUGCAUUUGGUGAAGACAAUGUUGGUCUUCUCACUGGAGAUUCUGCCAUUAACAGGGACGCACCGGUUCUAAUUAUGACCACUGAGAUCCUUCGGAACAUGUUAUAUCAGAGUGUCGGAAUUAUGUCAUCGGAAAGUGGACUUUUCAACGUUGAUGUGAUUGUUCUGGAUGAAGUACACUAUCUUAGUGACAUAUCGCGGGGUACAGUCUGGGAAGAGAUAGUUAUAUAUUGUCCAAAAGAAGUUCAGCUUAUAUGCUUGUCAGCUACAGUAGCAAAUCCAGAUGAGUUAUCUGGUUGGAUUAAUCAGAUUCAUGGAAAAACCGAGCUAGUAACAUCAACAAAACGUCCGGUUCCUUUAAAUUGGCACUUUUCUACCAAAUCAGCUUUGCUUCCCCUUCUCAAUGAAACGGGAACCGGCAUGAAUAGGAAGUUAUCAACCAAUUAUCUGCAACUUAAUUCCUUGGGAGGCACGUCAUACGAGGAAGAACGGCCGAGAAGGAGGAACUCAAGAAAGUAUGAAAACGAUGUAUCACCUUCUUCAAAGAAUGACAAAAGCAACAUUCGGCGUUCACAGGUUCCGCAAGUUAUAGAUACAUUAUGUCACCUUAAAACAAGGGAUAUGCUGCCUGCAGUGUGGUUUAUCUUUAGCCGAAAAGGGUGUGAUGUGGCAGUUCAGUAUCUCGAAGACUGCAAGCUUUUAGACGAGUGCGAAAUGAGCGAAGUUGAUCUGGCCUUAAAACGGUUCAGACUCAAGUAUCCAGACGCCGUUAGGGAAUCAGCCGUGAAAGGGAUACUUAGAGGCGUUGCAGCUCACCAUGCCGGCUGUUUACCUCUUUGGAAGUCUUUUAUAGAAGAAUUGUUUCAGAAAGGACUUGUUAAAGUCGUUUUCGCUACCGAAACACUUGCGGCUGGGAUCAACAUGCCUGCACGGACGGCUGUGAUUUCAUCACUCAGCAAGAGGAGUGAAAGUGGGCGGAUCCAGUUAACCACCAACGAGCUGCUUCAAAUGGCGGGCCGGGCUGGGCGAAGAGGCAUAGAUAAAACGGGCCAUGCGGUUGUUGUUCAGACUCCGUAUGAAGGAGCUGAAGAAUGUUGUAAACUUCUUUUAGCUGGGUUACAACCGCUUGUUUCGCAGUUUACUGCUUCGUAUGGAAUGGUUCUCAAUCUUCUUGCGGGUGCAAAAGUUACUCAGAUACCGAAUGAAGGAGAUGGUACGGUUGUUUCUAGAACAGGACGAACCCUAGAGGAAGCAAGAAAGUUAGUUGAGCAGAGUUUCGGAAAUUACGUUGGGAGUAACGUUAUGCUUGCUGCUCAAGAUGAACUUAAUAAGAUACAAGACGAGAUUCGGAUUUUGACUUCUGAAAUUAGUGAUGAAGCUAUUGACAGGAAGAGCAAGAGUAUUUUAUCGAAAUCAGCAUACAAAGAAAUGGCAGAUUUGCAGGAAGAGCUCAGAGCAGAAAAACGUGUUCGAACAGAGCUGCGUAGAAGAAUGGAAAUGGAAAGAAUGUCUUCUUUGAGACCGUUGCUGCAAACAUUGGAUAACGGACAUUUACCUUUUUUGUGUUUGCAUUAUCAUGAUAAUGCUGGGACUAAACAUUUGGUCCCUGUUGUUUAUUUAGGCGAUGUUGAUUCUAUGCAUGGUUCAAAACUUAAAAAUAUGGUUGUUGAGAACGAUUCUUUUGCUAUAAAAAUAAUAUCUGUAGAUGGUGUUGACCUUGAAAGUCAACUUACUACAAGGCCAUCUUAUUAUGUGGCUCUUGGUUCCGAUAACACAUGGUAUCUUUUCACGGAGAGGUGUAUUAAGACGGUGUAUAGAGCGGGUUUCCCCAAUACUGCUUUGAAUAACGGUGAUGCUUUACCUCGGGAAAUCAUGGCCGCCCAUCUUGAAAAGAUGGAGAUGCAGUGGCAGAAGCUUAGUCACACCGAACUUGGAGCUAUUUGGUGUAUGGAAGGGUCGUUAGAGACAUGGUCAUGGAGUUUAAAUGUGCCGGUUUUAAGCAGUCUUUCUGAGGAUAACGAGGUUGUGCAAUAUUCGCAAGCAUACUACGAUGCAGUAGAAUCUUACAAGAAUCAGAGAAACAAAGUUUCUCAAUUGAAGAAAAAAAUAGCUAAAACAGAAGGCUUUAAAGAAUAUAAAAAAAUAGUGGAUGUGGCUAGGUUCACCGAGGAAAAGAUCCAACGGCUUAAAGCUAGAUCAAAUCGUUUAAUGACUCGUUUAGAGCAGAUUGAACCAUCUGGCUGGAAGGAGUUUACGCAGGUGAGCAAUGUGAUACAUGAGAUAAGGGCUUUAGAUAUUAAUACCCAUGUGAUAUUUCCUCUUGGUGAAACCGCUGCUGCUCUUCGAGGCGAAAACGAGCUAUGGAUUGCAAUGGUUCUUAGAAAUAAAAUUUUGUUUAAUCUUAAACCGCCACAGUUAGCUGCUGUGUGUGGAAGCAUUGUUUCUGAAGGAAUCAAGGUGAGACCUUCCAAAAAUAACAGUUAUAUUUAUGAACCUUCUAGCACCGUUUUAGAAGUAAUCAACUUUCUAGACGACCAGAGAAGAUCGCUCUUACAACUUCAAGAAAAGCAUGAUGUAAAGAUACCUUGCUGUUUAGAUAGCCAGUUUUCUGGUAUGGUAGAAGCAUGGGCAUCUGGUCUGACCUGGAGGGAAAUGAUGAUGGAUUGUGCAAUGGAUGAAGGAGAUUUAGCUCGCUUGCUACGUAGAACGAUCGAUGUGUUGGCACAGAUUCCCAAAUUGCCUGAUAUUGACCCUCAAUUACAAAGAAACGCAAUAGCUGCAUCUGGUGUGAUGGAUCGUCCACCAAUAAGUGAACUUGCAGGAUGACAUUUGUAGGCUGACCAACUUCUAUUCAACUCAUUUUGUGCCAUUAAGUCACAAUGUCUGUGAAAUGACCCUUUACCCUUGAAAGAUGAAAUUACCCUCAGUGACAUGUCACAGUUUUAUGGGGUAAAAUUAGAAGGGUGCAACAGUAGUUCUGCUACCAGAAUCUGGGACUCAUGCUAUAAUUACAGUUUAUAUUGUGUAUUUGAUUAUUACCACCGGGAACGGGUGAUUAGUGGAUGCUCUAUCGUUGACAAAACAAAUACUUCAAUAUCAUAUCUGCUGAAAUCCUCACUGAAGAAUGAACCCACUUCUAAGAGGAGCACUAGGCAUAAAAAUGGAAGGUGAUUCAGUGCUUGUAGCAUUAAGUGUAUGCUAUAUUUGAACUUAAUUGGCAGUUAUACUCCAUUGUCUCAUUAAUCAAAUUGUAUAUUCGAGUAACUGAAAUAACUGAACUGUUUGAAACCAAUCAGCUAUGGAAAUCCAAAUUUAAAAACAUUAGUAUUA